GUGUGAUCAAUCUUUCGUAGACAUAUAUAUUUAUAAUUCUUUAUUUAAUCUUAUUUUAUAAAAUAUUUUUGGAAUCAGAUUAGUAAUAAUGCAUAAUCGUGUAAAAACUAUUAACAAAUGUUAUAAUAAUUUAGAAUAUAGGAAAAAUAAUAAGAAAAAAGAAGCAUUAAUAAAAAUAUCCAAUUUAUUUAAAGAAUUAAAAUUUGAGGAUACAGAUACUGUAGCAAUUAGAUUCCUGCAUACAGCAUCACUAAUAGAAAAGCAUUUGAAUCUUUUUAUGAUAGUUUGCCAACAUGUAGAUGUAGCUACCUCUAUUCUUAACUAUUUCUAUUACUUUGGUACGAUUUGUAUGUUUAAUUCAUCAUGGAAUUUUGAUGACCGCAUUUAUAUAAGCAUAUGCGCAAUACUUACAAUUUUCAAUAUUUAUAAAGAAGAAUCUAUACAGGAAUUUUUGGAAACUGCCAUUAUUAUGGAACCACAAAUACAGACAUAUUAUAAAUUUAAAAAAAAUGCAUCCCAUCAGACAGAAACAAUGAUACUUCUCGAAGAGUCAGACUUGCACGCAGUUAUUAAUUAUUUGAAGUUUAAAAACAUAAACGGUCUACAUAAAAUUUGGAUCCAUGAAUCAAUAGCACAGACUUUUAUGUGGCACUUUAAGAAAUGUUUUGGAUGUCUAUAUUCAUAUCCUAUUCAUAUAUUUCAAUUAAAGCAAGAAUUAAUUACAUGUUAUGCAUCUAAAUGUAAUAUAUAUAUGGAGAAUAAAAUAAAUAUAACAUCCAUAUGGUCAGAAGAUAUUAUAGCUGCAAAAAAUUUAGCAAGAACUUUAAAUCAACAAAUUAUAUUUAUAAAUACACAUAUGGAUAUUUGUCCCGAUGUUAUACUUACACAUUUUAAUACAAAUCUCAAAUCAUUAUUCUGGUUUUCGGAUUUACAAGAGACAUGUACAAAUCCAACGCAUAAAAUUAACUCAACAUGUAAUCUAUUUUAUAAUGGCAUGUGGCAAAAACCUAAGAAAAAUACAUAUUGGAUACAUAAAAAUAUUUUAUUGGCAAAUGUAACUCGUGAAGAUGUUUUGGAGUGUAUUGAUUCAGCUCAAAAAGGAUUCAUCACUUGGAGUACUAUGCCUAGUGAGUCUAAAAUGCAAAUAUUAUCUAAUUUUGCAAACACAUUAGAAUGUAAUGGUAAAUUUUUAUUAGCCAAUAUAGUAUUAAAAUGGAUAAAAAUGUCCUAUAUUGCUGGAAAGACAAUAGAUUGCUAUCAAAAUAAAAGAUUUGAAGUAAUACAAAUUCGUAAGCCACAAGGCACUAUUAUUCUUAAGGAGAAAGAUGAAAUCACUUUGUUUCGUGAAUUAACGCAAAGUUUAAUUAUUGGCAAUUCUGUCAUUGUGAUAUGUGAUCCAGAUUUGUGUAUUCUGGCAGCAUAUUGUGACAUGUUUAAAAUAUCUGGAAUACCUCCGGGUGUUAUAAAUCUCUUAUCAGGUGAAAAUCUAGAGAACGUUCAAUAUACUAAUUUUGCAAAUUCAACAUCAACUGAAGCAUGUGAUGGACUUACCGUAAUACAGUGUAUUGUAACAUCACGUCAAUAAUUUUAAUAAGAUACCAUAUGUGCUCUAAUAUUUAUGAUAUAUCUGUAUAUACAAAUAAGCACUCAUAUAUUUAAAUAUUAUAAUUAAAAAAAAACAAUAUCUCUUAUUAUUGAGUUCUUCAAUUAAUUUUUUAAAACAAAAUUGAUAGAUUCAAAUAGCUUUAUAUACGCCGACCCUUAUACAUAUAUGAAGCUAUCUUCUAACUGAGUGUUAUAAAAUAUUGUGUUAUG